UAAUUCCGUUUUGCCGGCUUGACUGGGGCAUGUCAGACUGAGCCAGUCGUCCAGGGGAGCGCCAGCAAGCAGGUCCCGACUGUUGGUGUGGAUAUGAGAGGAAGUCAGAUGUGUUAACGUGGUAGUAAGCCGGUGUACAGGCCGCUGUACAGCAGCAUCCAUCUGAGCGGGACUGCCCGACCGGCCCGGUGGCUGCUGUCGCUACCUAACUGGCUAGUUCGCUAGCUAACCUAAACCCGCUAACUUCACCAGUUUAAGGCGGUUUAAGGGACGAACAGUGUGGAGAAAGCGGGGCCUCCGGCUAGUUCGACUCGGUUUCCAGCUGACCCGGAGAGCUUAACACCCCGGUUUAUUUUCCGUAGCAACAUACUGCUGAGAUGGACAACCUAAGUGAAGCCCUGGAGAAGCUGAAGCUAGCGUCUACAGACAGCGCCACUGACAGCGUGGAGAGCUGCCUGGACUGCCUGCUGAAAGCACUCGCCAACAACAACACCGAGGCCAGUAUGAAGAUCCAAGAGAUGGGCGUCCUUCCCCUGCUCCCCACCCUGCUAAACCCCCAGUCUUCAUGCACCCCUAAAGUAGCCAACAUCAUAGCUGAGGUGGCCAAAAAUGAGUUCAUGCGGAGUCCCUGCGUUGAAGCUGGCCUCAUCCCUCCUCUAAUUCAGCUGUUAAACUCCACCGACCAGGAGGUUUUACUGCAGACUGGCCGAGCUCUUGGCAACAUCUGUUAUGACAGCCAUGAGGGCAGGAGUGCAGUUGACCUGGCAGGAGGGGCUCAGAUAGUAGCUGAACACAUUAAAUCCCUCUCCCAAAAUACUGAGCCGGAAAAUGAGAAGCUCUUGACUGUCUUUUGUGGCAUGCUGAUGAACUAUAGCAAUGAUAAUGAUUCCUUACAAGCCCAGCUGAUCAAUAUGGGUGUGAUUCCCACUCUGGUGAAGCUGCUAGGCAUCCAUUCCCACAACACUGCCCUGACAGAAAUGUGUUUAAUUGCCUUUGGGAAUUUGGCUGAGCUCGAGUCCAGCAAAGAGCAGUUUGCCUCCACCAAUAUCGCAGAGGAGCUGGUGCGUCUAUUCCAGAAGCAGACGGAGCACGAGAAGAAGGAAAUGAUUUUUGAGGUUCUAGCUCCACUGGCAGAAAAUGAUGUGAUUAAGCUGCAGCUGGUGGAGGCUGGCUUGGUGGAGUGUCUCCUGGAUGUGGUGGCUCAGACCGUAGACGGAGAGAGAGAGGAGGACAUCGCCCAGCUCAAGACUGCCUCUGACCUCAUGGUUCUCCUGCUGCUGGGAGACGAGUCCAUGCAGAAGCUGUUUGAGGGAGGGAAGGGCAGUGUCUUCCAGAGGGUCCUGUCCUGGAUUCCAUCUCACAACCAUCAGCUGCAGCUCGCCGGGGCUCUGGCCAUCGCUAAUUUUGCUCGCAACGAUGGGAACUGCAUCCACAUGGUGGACACUGGGAUUGUGCAGAAGCUUCUGGAGCUGCUGGACCGGCACGUCGAGGAAGGCAACGUCACUGUUCAGCACGCAGCACUGAGCGCCCUGCGGAACCUGGCCAUACCCGUGGUAAACAAGUCCAAGAUGCUGUCAGCUGGAGUAGCAGAUGUGGUGUUAAAGUUUUUGCAAUCAGAGAUGCCUCCGGUCCAGUUUAAACUCCUGGGGACGUUACGCAUGCUCAUCGAUACACAAGCUGAAGCCGCAGACCAGCUGGGAACCAACGGGAAGCUGGUGGAGAGGCUAGUGGAGUGGUGUGAAGCCAAAGAUCACGCAGGAGUGAUGGGCGAGUCCAACCGGCUUCUGUCGGCCCUCAUUCGACACAGCAAGUCCAAGGAAGUCGUCAGAACUGUGAUCCAGGGAGGAGGCGUCAAACAUUUAGUUACCAUGGCAACCAGUGAGCAUAUGAUCAUGCAGAAUGAAGCGCUGGUGGCUUUGGGUCUCAUAGCAGGACUGGAUUUGGUUGCAGCUGAAAAGGACUUUGUCGGAGCCAGCCUGGUGUCGGUGCUCCACAAGCUGCUGUCGGACGAGAGGAGCGCACCGGAGAUCAAGUACAACUCUAUGAUCCUCAUCUGUGCUGUGAUGGGCUCAGAGCCUCUCCACAAAGAAGUCCAGAGCCUGGCGUUCAUCGACGUGGUGUCCAAGCUGAGGGCUCACGAAAACAAAACGGUGUCACACCAGGCGUCGCUCACAGAGCAGCGAUUAACUGCCCAGAGCUAAAUGACUGUGUCCAACCCCCACCCACAACCCCCCACCCCACCCAAUGCCUGCCUGACCACCUGAUCACCCAAUGACACCUCAUGACUGCUCUCCAGUGCCCCAUCGUCAUGUGCCAAGGUACCAUGUCGCGUUAACUGCCAGCCAGACAUACCAGUCAUGUCUCUCCCCCGACCCUCUGCCCCGCCCACCUCCACCAGGGUUACACUGAUGUCAGUUCGCAAGACUUGUAUACAGAUCAGAAAAUCUGAGCAUUUUCUAAUUGAAGUUUUAUUUUAAAUUACAAGAAUUUGCCAAUGGAAUGCUUGUUAGGGUGGAAAAGCCUCUGAAACUAGUUUUAGACUACUGUGGGACACCAAAACUCUCUUCUGAAAGCCAUAAUAAUGAGAUUUAUUUAGGUGGGUUAGCAGGUCCUUAAGGCAGGGUGAGGCAGCUUUCAUUUCAGGCUUUACAGACCAACACCCCUUCAAUGUGGAGACACCUUUUUUUUUUUUUUCUUAUCUUAAACCAGCUACAUCAGUCUAACCCUGGUCCCCACCUCUACUUGUGCAUGCAUCUUCUGCUACAAGUAGCUCCACAGGAGCUGAGGCGCCAUAAACAGCCUAACGCAAUAGAUAAGAGAUGACACUCUUCUACGACCAUAGCUGUGAUACCAUCCGCCGGUAACCCACCAGUGAAAAAUGUGCACAAAAGAACAAAAAAAUACCUUCCUGUUGUGAUUUUUCUUUCAUUUCUAAGAAAAGCAGCCAUCCAUGAUGUGCCCAGUUGUGUCCCAUGUAGCUCGAGUAUAAAUUGACUAGAAACUGUGCAUGUUUUAGUCCUGUUGAAGGUGUGACAGUGUUCAUUUUACCUCUCUACCGCUCGCAUACAAAGUACAGCCCGCCCUCCUCCACUGACACCUCCAGUCUUGUACACCCCUUUUUUUCGCACUUGUUCUUUAAGACUAUACGAUCUAUAGAUUUUAUCAGAUUUUUAAUUCCACCUGCUCCAACAGCUGUACAGUAACGGUAGAGGCUCCACCCAAUCACUGAGAGAAUCAACCAUAGUGGAGAGCAGGGCUGUAGCCAAGCCUACCUUUGUUAGUCGAGUCCAGUUCUGUGAGCCCCGCUGGCCCUGAUCCAGGACAUUAUCAUGGUCUUGUGCUGCCAUCUCUCGGAAGUUGGACAUUUCAGUCGCUGAGCAGCUCCUCAAAACGAUUACAGGAAGAUUGUUGUAAAUAGAACCUCACCAAAUGGUAAGCAACCUUUUUGACAACAUGUAAGAUGGAGGGACUCAAUGGCAGGGGGGUAAAGUAACAAAAACAAUGAUUUUAAUCUGAACUAGAAAGGUCUCCUCCAUCAAAGUCAACAACAACAAUGAGAAAUCGAAGAUGGCCCAAAAUCUUUGAUUUAACAAGGUUGGUAUUGACUCCAGUUAAAGAGACCUUCUUGUUUCCUGUCUGGUAGUUUUGUCCCAUCUUACAGGUUGCUAAGAUUGCCUAUUUAACACCAGUCCAAUCAAUGCAUUACAGUUUGCCUAAUCAUUGUUUGACACUUUGCAUACCCAGAUCUCUACAGAUACAGUUCUUGUGUGUUGCACUGUGGGUAAAACUCUAGAAAAUAUCAAUAAAGGAUUAUUUCCUAUUUUUGGAUAGUCAGGAGAUGGUACAGUAAACUGUGAAGAGCAGCCAAGAACAAGAGAAGUUAAAGCAGGCCCGAGACUAAGAAUUGAGACUGAAGGGCUCCAGCCUAGGAUCCAGAUUCACUCCGUGGUCCCGUUAGAACACACAAUUGUGCCCUAAAACCUCCCAACACUGGAGCCCUGCAGGGCUCUGUAAGGAAACCAGGGAGCGCCAUUUUACAGUCCCAAAUAAAGCAGCCACCAUUCCUGCGUGUGUGUGCAGUAUGUGUGUGUGUUGUGGAUGUGCUCAUUGGGGUAGGCAGUGAGAACGGGUAACUGAAUGCAGACACACAACAGUCACUGCACCUACGCGCCCUCCAGAGGACAGCUCUCUAUGUGCAACGGGUGGUUCUUCUAGUCAGAGGGAUUCCUGCUAACAUGCACACCUCAGCAUGUCAGACACUGUACCCCCCCCGUUAACAUGCCACGGUGUGUUCCUGCCCUGGGCCCACGCUUUUUUUUAAAAAGGUAUGAAUGGUUAUUUAUCAGAUUUGUGCUCUUCUACAGACACAUGCCAGUGGAGAUGUAUCCAUAGUAACUGCGUAAAAAUACUAUAAACUUAAAUGUUUGUUGUAAAUGUCAUGAGUUGUACAUUUGGAGGAUUGUAACUCAGCAGAUAAUUAAAAGAUGAUAGCUGGUGA